AUGACUGUGGAAAAUAGCUCCAUCAAGCUAACAAGCGAACAUAUCAACUUCCUAAAUGAGAGGUUACAACAGUUGUCGCCACAAGAACUAAUUAAAUGGGUCUACCUCACAUUUCCAAAUGUGUACCAAACAACAGCUUUUGGCCUAACUGGUUUGGCAAUUACCGACAUGAUUUCAAAGAUACCUGAUUGUAAAAUCGACUUGAUUUUUGUUGAUACCCUUUAUCACUUUCCACAGACACAUGACUUGUUGAACCGAGUCCAAGACCGUUACAAGGACUCAAAAAUCAAUGUAUAUCAACCACUGGGUGUAUCGAAUGAGCAGGAGUUUGUUGCAAAAUACGGAGAUCAAUUAUGGGAAACCAAUGAUAAAUACUAUGACUAUUUAGUUAAAGUUGAACCCAUACAGCGUGCGUAUAAAGAACUAAAUGUGAAUGUGGUUCUAACUGGAAGAAGAAAAUCGCAAGGUGGAGCAAGGUCAUCGUUGGCAGUGCUUGAAUUAGACGAGGCCAAUAAUAUUCUCAAAGUAAACCCACUUUGGGACUGGGAUUUUAAAGCGGUAAAGGCUUACAUCGAUGAGAAUACGGUACCGUAUAACGAGCUUUUGGAUUUAGGCUACAAGUCUAUUGGAGACUGGCACUCCACAGUUCCAGUUGCUGAUGGUGAAGAUGAGAGAAGCGGACGCUGGAAAAAUAAGGUCAAGACUGAAUGUGGUAUCCAUAUCGCCAAAGAGUUUACUCAAUUCACAGCAGCCUGA